AUGAAUCGCACCCUCUUAAAUGGGGUUCGAGUGAUUGAGUUGGCCGGACUCGCUCCUGUGCCACAUUGUGGAAUGGUAUUGGCCGAUUUCGGCGCCAAUGUUACCGUCAUUGAAAAGCCUAGCCGUGAUGAUGACAUACCCAUGGAGCAACGCAUGGCAGAGAGGAAAACACUGCAAGGACUUGAUCUGAAAUCACCACAGGACGUUGAGAAGUUGAAACAGCUUUGUCGAACUAGCGACGUGCUUCUCGACCCCUACCGUCCAGGAGUUCUGGAACAAAUUGGUCUUGAUCCAGUCAAACUACUCGAGGAGAACAAAGGUUUGAUAGUGUGCCGGCUAACUGGAUAUGGUCAAACAGGCCCAUUGGCGCAGGAGGCCGGACAUGACAUCAACUACGUUUCAAUCACUGGGUUGCUGCCAACAACAUCAGGUCAUAACUGUGCUCGUCCUUGGCCUCCGGCCAAUCUUCUCGCCGACUUUGCUGGUGGAGGACUGACCGCUGCUUUUGGUAUUGUGGCGGCUCUACUGAAAAGAGAGAAAAAUGGUGGCCACGGUUGCAUCAUUGACUGUUCAAUGUUUGAAGGCCUGUCGUAUUUGGCGUCGUUUAUCAGACGUUAUCACGACAUCGAACAUUUGUGGACUCAACCUUAUGCAGCGUUCUCUGGAGACUGCCCGAUAUACAGAACUUACAAAACGAAAGAUGAUAAAUGGCUAGCUGUAGGCGCUCUGGAGCCCAAGUUCAGCAGGAAUCUAUUCAAGGUGCUCGGGAUUGAUAGGGAUGUGUCAGACAUAUUCUCCGAUCCCGCUACAGUAUCAGCGGAAAUGGAAGAAAUUUUUCGAACAAAAACUCGAGAUGAGUGGAUGAAACUCUUUACAGGAAAACAAGCAUGUGUGACACCGGUACUCGACCACGAUGAAGCGCUACAGUAUGAGCAUAAUGUGGUGAGAGGAAGCUUUACUGAGGUGGACAAUCGGACCGUCCCUCAACCAGCGCCCAGGAUGUACUCAAAAGACGAAUUCAAAAAGUUCAAUUCCAAGCUGUGA